AUGAAUAUUUUUCGGUUAUUGGGCGACUUCUCUCAUUUAGCUGCUAUUAUUAUUUUAUUAGCUAAGAUUUGGGCAACACGCUCAUGUGCUGGUGUAUCUGGUAAAAGUGUUGUGUUAUAUGCUCUUGUAUUCGUAUGUCGUUAUCUGGAUUUAUUUUUACAUUUUGUUAGUUUAUAUAAUACGAUAAUGAAAGUCAUUUAUCUUGUUUCGACAUUUUUAACAAUUUAUUUUAUUUAUUUUAAAUUUAAAACAACCUAUAAUCGUAAUUAUGAUUCAUUUCGUAUUGAACUAUUAAUAUUGCCAGCACUGGCACUUGCUUUUCUAUGGAAUCAUGAUUUUUCUGUACUUGAAAUUCUUUGGACUUUUUCAAUCUAUCUUGAAUCAGUUGCCAUUCUACCUCAAUUAUAUAUGGUCAGCAAAACAGGUGAAGCAGAAACAAUAACAAGCCAUUAUUUAUUCGCAUUGGGCAUCUAUCGAUUUUUGUAUAUUCUCAAUUGGAUCUAUCGUUAUUACAUGGAAAGUGUUCUUGAUUGGAUUUCGAUCAUAUCUGGCAUUAUUCAAACAGUACUUUAUUGUGAUUUUUUUUAUCUUUACGUAACAAAAGUUCUUCGUGGAAGGAGAAUGCGUCUUCGAGAAAAUAUCUAA